AAUUAUAUUAUUAAAAACAGUUGUUGUUGAUGAGCCAAUCAUAUAAGAAUCAAAUCCAAUCUUUUUCUUUUUUGUGAAAUACAUACACAUACAUACAUAGAUUGAGAGAAAGAGCGGAGAUGGGUCUGAUCUCGAACAGAGUGCAGAGGAAUGAGAUCAAGCCUGGAGAUCAUAUCUACACUUACAGAGCUGUCUUUGCUUACUCCCAUCAUGGAAUCUUUGUCGGGGGUAGCAAAGUCGUUCAUUUCACCCGUGUGGUAAAUGAAUCAUACAAUCACACAACAGAAUGUCCCACAUUUCCCGACUGUGGUUUCCGACAGCCCAACAGUGGAGUUGUCCUCUCUUGUCUAUCUUGCUUCCUCCGUAACGCUUCCCUUUACUGCUUCGAGUAUGGAGUGGCCCCUUCUGUUUUCAUAGCUAAAGUACGUGGAGGCACAUGCACAACCGCUCCAUCUGAUUCCUCCGACACAGUUGUUCAUCGAACAAUGUUUCUCCUUCAAAAAGGAUUUGGAAACUACGAUGUUUUUCAGAACAACUGCGAGGACUUUGCUUUGUACUGUAAAACGGGACUCUUGACCGUUGAUAGGCUCGGUGUGGGACGGAGCGGACAAGCUUCUUCUGUGAUUGGUGCACCUUUGGCAGCUCUUCUUUCUUCCCCUCUCAAGUUGCUACUACCCAGUCCAGUUGGAGUUGCUACAGUUACUGCAGGUAUGUACUGCAUUAGCAGAUAUGCUACUGAUAUUGGUGUUAGAACUGAUGUUGUCAAGGUAGCUGUCGAGGAUUUGGCAGGAAACUUUGUUUUGAGGCGUAAUGAAGAUGUAGUAGCUGCACAAAAUGUCAUUAUAAGAUGAAACUUCUGGUUAUGUAUCCAUAAAUUUGAAAUUUUAUUUUAUUGGAAAAAUGGUAUGUUCUCUGUUGUUGGAGUUUCAAUUUGAUCACCGAACGAUAAUGUGCCUUUUGAUGUGCAUUGAUCCAUGUGACAAUAUAUCAAAUUUGUUUAGCCAAA